CAACGCGAUUUCUGGGAUCAGCCUACUGUGACCAGUUCAGGAUCACAGGCUGCAUAUUCUCUGGGUAUAUAAAUUGCUUCGUUCGUUUUGUCCGGACGGCAGUGAUCCUGUACAAUUAGCACCAUGCUCAAGCUCGUCGCUCUCCUCGCCUCCGUCUUCGUCGCAUCCGACGGCAUCCUCGUCGGAUACAACAGUCCUCCAGUCGGCUACGAGGCGUAUGCGGGAUACGAAAACCCGGAAGUAGACGGAAGGGCGACUUCGCACGUCUCGAUGUCCGGUCCCGCUGUCCUCCUCGAGGUCACAGGCUAUCCCGCAGGGUACGGGAGUUACGGGAACGAUGAACUCUACCCGAAAUACGGAGACGACGGUUCCCACGAUCAUUACGCCUAUCCCAAAUACGCCUUCAGCUACGGUGUAAAUGAUCCUCACACCGGCGACGUCAAGAGCCAGGAAGAGGUCCGAGACGGCGACGUCGUCAAGGGUUCCUACAGGCUAAACGAGCCCGAUGGAACGGUUCGGAUCGUCGAGUACACCGCUGACGAUCACAACGGAUUCAACGCCGUCGUAAAGAAGCUUGGACACGCCGUACAUCCGGCUCCCAAUCCAGUGGUGAAAUACGUCGUUGGGGAACCAGCGAAGUACCACGAUUCCGAAUACGAAGGAUACCGCGGACGCUAUUAGGGCUUGAUUGUUUAUUCGUAUUGCCGGUUUUGUGUGGAAAAAUAAAAUGAUGAAAAUGAAAAGUGAUUUUCAGAGCAGAAGACUUGAAA